GGCUCCCCCCCAAAGCGUUUCGACGUCGAGGGCUCUGCGUGAGCUGACGUAAUCCGUGCCCCACAUGGCGCGCCGCCUGGGGUUUCUCCUCAUUUUGGGCGCGGAGGCGAGCUGCUGGUCUGGGGACUUCAGCUUUGCGAGCUGCUGCUUGGUGAGCAGUGCACAGUGCUGGGAUGGCGCCUUCACCUACGAGCGGUGCUGCUUGCAGCGGCCUCUGCUCUCCGAGCCGGAGGCCGCCAGCAUCCGGAAGAUGAAGCAGGAGGCCUUGGACUGCGGCUGUUCGAAGCCGGACUUGGGGCCACCCACUUUCGGCGGCGCUUUCACCUGGUGCAAGUUUCAUCAAGCUAUCAUGCUGAACCAGGACCUGCGGCCCUACUAUUUGCCCUUUCUGCAGAUGUCCACGGAGGCCUUGGCGCAGUGCCCCUUGGGCGUGCUGCAGAUGGCCUUGCUGGACGCCACGCUGAAGGUGAGCAACUCCCAGGUGAUGCCCGAGCUCACCCAGACGCCCAGCUUCCUCAGGGCUGAGGAGGCGCUGGAGUUGAUGCUGGAGAGUGGCGUGUCCCUGGUGGACGUAGCCACCUCCGGGUGGAUGGUCUUCAACCAGAUGAGCGCCUUGCGGGCCGCGGCCCAGCGCCGGGGCGCCACCUUUGCCUUCGAGAGCGGGUGCCUCACAGUGCCGCCGGGCCGGGCGAGGAUGCUGCAGACCCUCACCGAGGGCGUCAACUUCAUGCCACUAGGCGUGGCCUCGCUGAUGCGGGUGCUGCUGGACGACACCAGCGGCGCGGAGCCGUGUCAGCUCCCCUCCGCUGGGAUGUUCCUGCUCAUGGCAUACUCCACGCUGCAGCAGACGGUGCUGCCAGAGGAGAAGGAGCCGAGGCUGCCAGGCGUUGCGCCGCGUCCCGGGGAGGAGGCCGCGAUGCUGCUGGGCGCCGGCGAGGCGCGGCUGCGCGCCGCGCUGCUGGCGGAGGCCAAGGCGGCGGCGCCGCACAGCGGCCCGCUGGCGCUGCUGCUGGCCACGCCGUGGCCCGUGGCGGAAGUCUUGGACCUCUUGAGCUACCCGGGCAGGGUGCCUGUCACUGUCAGCGGGGCCCUGGAAGAGCUGCUGAAUCUCCAAAAGGACCACCCUUUGCUGGAGCUUGCGCUUAGCAACGCGAGCCCGGUGCCCACGAGCUACGCGUUCCGGGUGAACCCGUACCGGGAGAUGGUGAGCGACAUGGUGCGCUACACGCGGCUUCCCUUCUGCGGGCUGCGGCCGUUUCUGCGGAUGGUCGCCGACGUGGCGAAGAACGCCGUGGCCGCCGGCUGCGGUGGCACGGGAGCCACGGCCCGGGAGGUAGCGCCGGAGGAGUGCCAGUUCACCUUCGUGGAGGGAGGUGGGAAGCUGCCGGCUCCGCCGGACCUCGGGUGCGGUCCGCACCUGGGGGACUGCGCGCUGUGGGCGGCCACAGCGCUGCGUCUGGUAGGGGUGCAGACCCGGGCCAUCGCUUUCGAGCCGCUGCCGGACGCUGCCGCGCUCUUCCAGCAGAGCGUGUCGGAGAACGGGCUGUCGGCCUACGUGGCGGUGCGGAACGCGGCGCUGGGGGAGACCAGCGGGGCCUUCACCGAGCUGAUCCACUUCCGGGGCCACAACGGGCAGGCGACCGUGAACGGCCAGGACUUCCCGUCCCAAGAUCGCCGGGAGGUGGUGACGGUGCCGGCCCUGGAGCUGGCGCUGGACGAGCAGAUCCCGGCCGCGUGGCCGCGGAUCGACGCGCUGAAGCUGAGCGUGAACGGGGCGGAGCGCAACACGCUGGCGGGCGCUCGCCGGCUGCUGUCCAAACGUCGCAUUUGCUCCGUGCUGAUGCAUGCCACGAAAUGCAAGAGGGGCCGGCGGUCCCCGGCGGAGGACCCGGCGCCGGAGCCUGGGGUGUCGAAGUUCGCCUUUGAGCUGAUGCAGUUCUUGCACGAAGGUGACAUGGAUGUCUACGAGCACAAUGAUGCCACGGAAGGCCCAGGCCGGGGCCGGGUGAGGCGCCUGGGCGGAGCCAAGGACAUGGACGCCAUCUUCGACGACCCGGCGCUCACCGAGCAGGUCUACUUCCUGGCCCUCUCCAAGGACCAGCGCUGCGGCCGCGCCCGGCGGCACUUCCACGUGGCGGCCGGGCGGCCCGCGGAGGCGCCGCUGGAGGACGCUGGCCAGCCCUGAGGAUCGCGGGAUCCGCGCAGAGAGGGGGCGGUGGGUGGCUGGCGGCAAAACGUGCGUUUUGGGGAGCCGCGGGAGAGCAAGACCCAA